AUGAGGUUAGGAAAACCUAAGGGAGGAGUUUCUCGGAGGUCAAGCCAAGGAAAAGCCUUUGUGAACCAGCGCAAAACCGGCAGCCAGAGGCAGAAAUGGGGAAUGACUGUUCAGUUUGACUCAAGCUUAAGUAGACUAAGAAGAAGUUUGGAAGAGAAGCCCUAUAAGUGCACUGAAUGUGAAAAGAGUUUCAGUCAGAGCUCAACUCUUUUUCAACACCAGAAGAUUUAUUCUGGAAAGAAAUCCCAUAAAUGUAUUGAUUGUGGGAAAAGUUUCUUCUAGAGUUCAAAUCUCAUUGAGCAUCGACGGAUCCAUACUGAGGAAAAGCCCUAUAAAUGCAAUGAGUGUGGCAAGAGGUUUAAACAUAGCUCGAAUCUCAUUCAGCACCAGAGAAUUCACACUGGGGAGAAACCCUAUCAGUGUGAUGAAUAUGGCCGAUGUUUCAGCCAGAGUUCCUACCUUAUUCAGCAUCAGAGAACCCACACCGGGGAGAAACACUGCCAGUGCAACGACAGUGAGUGCUUCAGCUAGAGUGCCCAUGUCAGGCAGCAAGUGAAGGUGCACAAAGAAGAGAGGCCUCACAAAGCCUGGGCCAAAAAUCUUAGGGCAAAUUCUCCCUUAGUAUCAUCUUGGAAAGCUGGUACAAGCAGGAAGUCAAUGGCUGGUCUCCGCAAAUCCCCGCACCACCACCCCGUGGGAGCCCCUCCGUCCAACAUCCUGAAAGCACCCUCACUUUAG